ACUCGCCUUUAACAUCCCCACAGCAACUACAAGAGAAGACAGAAGAACAGUAAACCUCCAAUCCCCCCAUCUACUCUCUCUCUCCUCUCUCUCUCUCCCUCUCUAAUAGCCCACACUCUGCAGAAUAGAGGGAGAAAAGUUUGAUCACUUUCUCUCUCUAAAGGGUCUAGGAGAGAGAGAGAUUAUUUAUAUAUAUAUUAUAUAUAAAUAUAUAAGUUUUUGUUCGAAACAAACGGAAGAUAUUUUGAUCAUGGGUGGUGGGAAGAGAUUUGCUGUUCUUCUGUGUGCUGAGGAUUCUGAUUAUGUUAAAAAGAGGUACGGAGGGUAUUAUGGGGUUUUCGUGGAAAUGCUGGCGGAGGAAGGGGAGACUUGGGAUGUUUUCAGGGUGGCCAGCGGUCACUUUCCCGAUGAAGAUAAGAUCGGUGACUACGAUGGCUUUGUUAUAACUGGGAGUUGCAAUGAUGCGCAUGGGAAUGACGUUUGGAUCUGUAAGUUGAUUGCUCUCUUGAAGAAGUUGGAUUCCCUCAAGAAAAAAGUUCUCGGGAUUUGCUUUGGUCACCAGUUGAGAAACUCUCAGCUGGAAAUCAGUUAUGUGAUCAAUCUGAACCUUUUCCUUGCUAAUUCUAUACUUGGUCGUGCACUAGGCGGAAAGACGGGACGUGCCAUCUCAGGUUGGGACAUUGGAGUGACAACCAUUCAUUUGUCAUCAUCCUCGUCAAAGCUCUUCUCAUCUCUGAAAAUCCCAGCCACUCUUUCCGUGAUCGAGUGCCACCGAGAUGAGGUUCGAGAACUUCCAUUAAAAGCAGAAGUGAUGGCAUGGUCUGAGAAGACUGGGGUGGAGAUGUUUAGGUAUGGGGAUCAUAUGAUGGGCAUCCAAGGCCACCCGGAGUACACCAAAGACAUUUUGCUUCACCUGAUCGACCGUCUUCUGCAGCGCAGUUUUAUUGCGGACUCUUAUGCUGAUGAGUUGAAGGCCAACCUGGGGAAAGUGGAGCCUGAUAAGGAUGCUUGGAAGAAACUGUGCACCAGCUUCCUCAAGGGUAGAUUAUGAUGAAAUCUUUUCUUUUUAAGAAGUUCAGGAAAAUUUCAAAAAGAAAAAAAAAAACAGAAAAGAAAUUGUAAAUAUGGACUCUUUUUUGAGAAGCAAGUUGAAGUUGAAGGAAGUUUAGGGAGGUUGUGGUAGCACAGAGAAAUGCCAAGAAACACAGCUGCAUUAAGCAUGUAAAAGCUGUGCAUAGGUUGGAAUUUGAUGCGGUCUUCUUCUCCGGGUUAAUAAAAUUUGCGGGGUUUAACAAUUCCGUACUUCAGUUUCAACUUUAAA